AUGUCGUUCUUAGCUGACCCUGAUGCAUUGAACACCGAGCCGGGAGGCAUCACCACCACUCGGCUACAGGUGCUGUCCCGCCUUGGCCUUCCCAUCACGGAGGAUGCCCGGGCCGCCAUGCUGAAACAAUUGCCCCCCCCUCCCAAGGCUGUCGCCCCUGCUCCAGAAGACACAAUCGAAAGUGACUAUAAGGCGCCGGACAUCGUGGCCACCCCCACGAAGGCUAGGGUUUAG